GUGUAGAGGCAGAUAGAGGCUUGGAAAUCUUCUGUGGAAAGCCACAGGUUUGUCGAGCGCUUUACUCGAAAGGAUGGCUGGAAGGAGGCGCAACAGAUGUGGCAACAACCAGCAACAGGCCCCGCGGGGACAAAGGGGGGGCUCACGUAGGGUAAAGUACAAUUCACAUUUGAAAAUAUUGCUCUCUUGAUUGUAUAAACCUGACUUUUUACCUCACUUGUGCUAAAAAUAUAAUAUCAAAGAUGCCAGUUGGUUCUUUAAUGGCUUGGAUGUAGAGCAGGGGUCGGGAACCUUUUUGGCUAAGACAGCCAUCAAAGCCAUAUAAUAGAGACAUAUAAUAUUUUUCAACAUUGGAUACAACUAAAUGCUUGCAUUUUUAAGCAAGACAAACUAUUUUAGAAUAUAACAAGUCUCUGAAUUCAUUCUUUUUAAUAACAUUGUUAUACCGAAGCUAUCCAAUAAUAAAUAAAAUGCUUCUUACCAUUAGUGAGACUUCAGGUGAUUCAUGGUUUUGCACCGUACUCCAUGUCCUUUCUUUUCACCAUCUUCUUCGUCAGAAGGGUUGGCUCCGCAGAAUUAGCUAGCUGACUAUUUGAUUAAAAGAGGGAAGUUUACUUCUUGACAUCUCAAUAACCCGGGCAGGCUACUGCAUUAUGCAGUAAUAAUCCAUUUUGGUGUCUGACCCAAAAAAUAUCAGAAGGACAGCCGGCCUUGGCAAUGGCCAACCGCAUUGCGGUAGAAAAUGGAUGGAUGGAUUAAAAUGCAUAAGAAAGUUUUAGAUUUUGAAUGUUAUUUUUAACACUGUGAUGGGCGUAAUGGUUUACUCUAAAAUGUCAGUGAAUUAUUUUUUUUUUAAUAAAUCAAUUUCAUCAUGUUAAGAAAUGUCUGAGAGCCUCCCGAGCCAUAAGUUCCCUACCCCUGAUGGAGGGGGUUAACUCAUAAAACGGGUGGGACAACAUGACUCUCCAUUUAUAGCUGUAAUACAAUUACUGACCACGUCAUUAGGUACAUCUGUGCAAGCUUAAUGACAUCCAUUUGGGCUUUAAAAAUGAAAAUGCAUAGCAGUACAAUAUGUACAGUAUGUAUAUAAAGUAUUAUAGUCUCGUCUAGUACUUUAUUGUUCAAUGAAAUGCGAAAGUGUCUCCAAACUUUUGAGUGGUACAGUAUAUAAUGAUAACAAUAAUAACAACAACAAUAAUCCAAUCAUAACAACAUUAACAAUAAUCUAAGGUGGUGUGUUUAGUUUUUCUUUUAAAUCUGAAAGUCUUUUAAACGUAUUUCAUUUUCAUUACGGUUUUAAUAGUAACACAAUGUAAGGAGUACUGAGUAAGCUCAGCAACUAAUUUACAUUCAGGAAUAGAUUACAUUAAAAGUGUUUUAAAAGAACACAAAUGAGGUUUAAAGAUUUUAGAUAAAAGGUAAAGUUCAAAGAACAACACAACAGAUAAAGUUGUCUAAUUAUACACACACACACAACACAAAGUCCACGUCCCGACCCUUAAGCCUGCUGACAUCAUUCACAAAUAUGUCUAAAUGUAAUUGCAUAAACCUACAUAGUUGCUUUAAUUGCUCAUUGCUCUUAACAACAUGAUUAUGCUUUUCCUGCAUGAGUCAGACAUUUAUAUGUCGCAUACACUCUAACGCCUGGGAAUCUUUUAAAAGCCAAACUGGUUUCUUGCACACUUCCAAAAAAAAAAAAAGCAAUUAGUGCACGUCCAUACUUGUCCACCGUCAUGAUGCAUUCUUCGAGGACCAGUCUGUUAAAUGUAGCAUUCAAUAGACACUCGACGAGCUUCAGACAAAUAUAGCCGACAGGUUAUGAAUCAGACGUCCCCCAUGAAAAGCUCACCAUUGCCCAAGCCAAGAGGGGCACACCAGGUAGUCCCGCAAUUUCACAAGUUACUGUCAUUGUUGCCACAGUGUCAUACAAACCAUUGCCAAACUAUUUUUGGACCAUGGGUGAGCUGGAGCCUAUCUCAGAUGACCUUCGGGUACACCCUGGACAGGUUGACAGCCAAUCACAGGACACAAACAAGCAUUGACACUCACAUUCACAGAGUUGCAAUGUUAGAAUUGCUGGACUUCAAUGAACCACAUCGCUCCAGUGCCGGCAGCACUCAUGCAGCCCCAGACCAUGAUACGUACUUGUCUUGAGGCAAGACUCAAGUUAACUUGAUACUCAUCUGUGUUGCCAGCUACAGUACAUGAAUGGCUGUGUGCUGAGUUAUUUUCAGUGGAUAGUAAAUAUAUACUGUACAAGCAGGACACUGACUGCUCUAAAGUGUAUCUAAGUUUCAUUUCUAUAGUAUCGUCCCUUGAAAAGAUAUAAAAUGAGUUUGCGAUAUACAGUUGAAUCUGAUUUGUCCACAUCUGUCUGUAUAAAAAAUGGCUAGCAUGAUGACCAGUUAUUAGUAUCAAAAAAUGUAUGAAGCAUGUUUCAUUUCCUUAUGUUGUAGCUCAUAGACCUGUUAGAGUCUACGCUGAUGGCAUAUUUGAUCUUUUUCACUCUGGACACGCCCGAGCACUGAUGCAGGCCAAAAAUGUCUUCCCCAACACACAUCUGAUAGUGGGAGUGUGCAGUGAUGAGCUGACCCACAAGUUUAAGGGCUACACAGUGAUGACAGAGGAUGAACGCUAUGAGGCCUUGAGGCACUGUCGCUAUGUUGACGAGGUGGUGCGGGACGCUCCCUGGACGCUAUCCACUGAGUUCCUCACGAAACAUAAGAUUGAUUUUGUGGCCCAUGAUGACAUCCCUUACACCUCUGCUGGAUCGGAGGAUGUUUAUAAGCAUAUAAAAGCAGCCGGGAUGUUUGUGGCCACCCAGAGGACAGAGGGCAUCUCUACAUCCGACCUAAUCACCCGCAUUGUGCGUGACUACGACAUCUACGUGCGACGCAACCUGCAGAGAGGCUACACUGCCCGAGAGCUCAAUGUUGGAUUCAUUAACGAGAAGAAGUAUCGUCUUCAGAACCAGGUGGACAAAAUGAAAGAGACGGUCCGCACUGUGGAAGAGAAGUCCAAGCACUUUGUGUACCGGGUGGAGGAGAAGAGCCAGGACCUAAUACACAAGUGGGAGGAGAAGUCACGGGAAUUCAUAGGCAACUUCCUGGAGCUUUUUGGACCAGAUGGAGCUUGGCAUGCUAUUCAGGAGCGCAGUGGACGAAUGCUCCAGGCCCUGUCGCCUUACUCGUCCCCACGUGGCUCUCCCAGCAGCAGUCCCACAAGACUGCGUUCACGUUCACCUGACACCUCCCCAGUAGCCUCCGCUAGCACCUCUCCGUCCUCCACAUCACCUCCUGCCUCUCCAUCCUCCCACCGCCGCACCUGAAAAAGAGAACACUUUCCUCUCUCUGCAGUCUACCUCUGCACAUACAAAUGUCAAUGUGCUCUUUUGGUCUUUAUGUAGGAUAAACAUUAUGGCUGGGUGCCAUUAAUGGUAAUGGCAAUGGUUUAAUUUUAUUUGAACUUCAAACUUAACAUCUUGUAUGAAUUGUAUGUAUUGAAGUAUGUAUUACUUAUUAUGUACUUGAAUGUGAAAGACAAAAUAAUCGGAGUGGUUUUUAUUCCUGUGGCUAAUCACAUGAUUCAUUCUUUCCCAUUUAUCUCUAGUUUGUGUUUUUCAUGUCCUUUCCCAUCACGUUGCUAAAAAUGCACUCCAAGGUGUUUAAAAUGUAAAAAAUGUUUUUGAAACAUUACAAGCAGAAUGAGAGAUUUACAGUAAUUUGGCCUUGAGUAGUAAAUUUUAAACUUGAAAUCUAUCACAAACAGCAGCUGUAUUUACUUUUUAAUGUCAGCCGUUCUGUGCAACUGUA